AUGUUGUUAAGCUUAACUCCAUCGUCGUCAUCAUCACGGUCAUUAUAUGGAGCACCAGCAGUACUAUAUUUGGCCCAAACGUUGUUGCUGCUCUUUACCCUGACGACAAUUGUGCCAACAACCAGAGCAACAGAUGAGAAAAUAAAUCUGCAACGCUAUUACCCGAUAGUAGCCGAGGAUCAAUUACUAAACAAUGAUAAACGUUUUCUACAAAUUAUGCAGGGCGGUGGUGGCAGUAAUGCAGCGGGUCUAAACAGUGCCAGCAUUUCCGCAACCGAUACCAGUUUAUGGCCGGAUAAACCAAAGAUCAAUGUCCAGCAAGAAAUUAAUAAAUUAAAUAUAACCUAUGUUUAUCAACCAUCAUGGCCAAAAUUGGAUGUCAAAUUGGGUUCGGUAACAGCUGUAAGUUUUGAUAAGGCCGGUAAUGUUGUAAUGUUUCAUCGGUGUGAUCGUGUUUGGGAUCAAGAUACAUUUACAAAUGGCAAUGUAUUUCGCCAUCGCAAUAAAGGACCCAUACGUGAUAGCACGGUCUUGGCACUGGAUAGAGAAACUGGAAAUUUGGCCUAUGAAUGGGGUAAAAAUUUAUUCUACAUGCCCCAUGGCCUUACCAUCGAUCACGAAGAUAAUGUCUGGGUAACCGAUGUUGCUUUACAUCAGGUCUUUAAAUUUGGUCCACGUGGCUCGGAUGAUAAACCACUCAUGAAAUUGGGUCAAGCAUUUACUCCGGGAUCAAACAAAACCACCUUUUGUAAACCCACUUCAGUGGCCGUUUUGGAAAAUGGUGAUUUCUUUGUCGCAGAUGGUUAUUGUAAUGCCCGCAUUAUAAAAUAUUCAAAAGAUGGCCAACGUAUAUUGUCAUGGGGACAAAAUGCAUUUUCCGGUAAAUCAUAUGAUGUAGCACCACAAUAUUUCUUUGCCAUACCACAUGCCCUAACGUUGGUGCCCGAACAAGAGCUAGUGUGUACAGCUGAUCGUGAAAAUGGCCGUAUUCAAUGUUUCUUCUGGUCCAAUGGUACAUUCCAUUCGCAAUAUCAUUCACAAUUGAUUGGUGAUCGUUUGUUUAGCAUGGAUUAUACACCAGCUCAAGGAGGACAAUUUGUUGUUGUAAAUGGUCCCACCGCUGAAUUUGGCGUUAAAACAGAACAAUACAAUGAAGUACGUGGCUAUAUUAUGGAUUUCAAGACAACAAAAGUUCUGGGAAAAUUUGGACCUAAUAACUUGGAAUUUUCCAAUCCACAUGAUGUCGCCGUCACCGUGGAUGGCAAUGAAAUAUAUGUUGCCGAAUUACAUCCAACACGUAUACACAAAUUCUUACAUAAAUCGCUGGUCAAAUCAAUAUCAUUAUCAGCCGCCAAACCUCGAGCAAACAUUGAAGGUGCAGAUGUUAAAAUUCAGGCAUCUGGAAAUUUAACAGUAGCAGCUGGUCUGACUGCUGAUGGUGGCAUGGCCGUGAUGAUGGCGACAGAUGAUGAUUCUUCGGCGUCGACGGGACAUCAUAAACCUGGAGCCACAGCUAUAUUGGUGGCCUCCCUGAUGUUACUCUUUGCUUUUCUAACAUUUGCCAUGGCAUUGCUGAUAGCCAGAAGGCGUCGAAGAGGUUGCAUGCCCUUUGGCAGCAAUAAUCGUCGUCACGCCUGGGAUUUUCCCGCCAAACCGGAUGGCUUCAAACUGGGCGGUCUACUGAUGGAACGUAACAAACGAAGUGGGUUUGAAAAACUCGAUCAAAACGACAGCGAUGAGGAUGAAUCGGAGACACAAACAAAUAGCCUUAGUAGUGCACAAUUUGCUUAGAAUUAGAA